UGUUCAACUUGUUCCCCAGCCUCUCAAGUCCUCAACAACCCAUUCCACGAUCAAGGCCGGCAAACACGCAACCUGGCGCCAAUCAACUACCCUGCUUGCUCGAGUGAGCCAACACUGCAUUGCCAUCACCCGUGUACCCAUUCGACGCAAUCAUUCACGUUGUGUAAGGCAGUCCUCCACGACCUGAUUCGGCGGCACAAUGACACACGCAAGCAGCCGGGCCAACCGUCAACGUCACACCAGCACAAUCUCAUCUAUGACCUGGGGCCUCACCUUCAGCCCGUCACGCUUGAAUGGCCCUGCCCUGCUUUUCCUGCUUGUCAUCCUCCUCCGUUUACAGCUUCGUCGAUUUGUUCCCUGUUCGCGCUUUGCCCACUUUGCCGUUGCCCAGCUGCUUCUGGUUGCUACUACUGCGGCUGCAAGGGCCUCGAAGCAUCGAGCAUCUCUACCCAACCUCCGCUUUCCAAGGAAAACAGACCAAGGGUGUGA